AUGUCCGUGCGUGGGGGUUUCCACUUCGGCACCCCCCAACACAGCAGCAACAGCCACUACCCGCCGUUGUACGAAGACCCGCAAAUGGGUGGGCCUUCAAACCCUGUUUCUGAAGUCGACUCUGCACCAGUCGCACCGCCACUACCGCACAUGGGUUAUGAUAACCCAAUUCUUUGUUACGCCGGUGCAGCGGCGUAUAACCCGUUUGAGCAGCAAGCUUACUCGGGUUACAAUUAUAACAAUGCCCCUGAUGUUGACCCGUAUAUCGAGGCGGCCAACUACAAUGCCCUCUACCCUGGAGGACCCUUUCAAGCUACGUACCCAACUGGGUACCCAGCAUAUGGGUAUCAAUACCCACCACCUCCUCAACCACUGCCGCAGCAGCAGCCGCAGCCGCCACAGAUUCAACCACUUCAGUAG